AUGAAGGCGUUGCUCGACUCACAAGAGGCAUGGAAAGUUGUAGAGAAAGGCUAUGAUGAACCAGAAUAUGAAGCCAUGUUCGAGAAAGUUGCAUCCUCAAAAAAAGCUAAGGAAGCUUGGGAGAUUCUUGAGAACAAUUUCAAGGGAAUUGAAAAAGUGAAGAAGAAGCGGUACGGGGAGAACAUUGAAGAAAGUCGUGUCAUUGAGAAAAUUCUUAGAUCACUUGACUUAAAACUUGAGCUUGUUAGUAGUGCCAUUGAAGAGUCUAAUGACUUGGAUACCAUGACCCUUGAUCAACUCAUGGGGUCCUUGCAAGCAUAUGAAGAAAGAUUGAAGAAGAAAGGAGAAUCGGUGGCUCAAGUUCUUCAAACGAAUGUCUCCUUGGGAGGUCAACAAAAGGAGCAAGGACGAUCUCAAGGAAGAGGAUCAAGCAAUCAAUUGAGAGGACGAGGGUGUUGGAACUAUAGCUCCAAGAGAGGUGGUGGAAGAAGAUAUGACAAGUGGAAUGUUCAAUGUUACAAUUCUCAUAAAUAUGGACACUAUGCUUCCGAAUGUAGGAGUGACACCACCAAUAAUGAAGAGAGAGUAAAUUAUGUUGAAGCAAAGGAAGAUGAAGAAUUGUUGUUGCUAUUGGCAACCAAAGAAAAAAAGGAUAAACAAUCGUGGUACCUUAACACUGGUGCCGCCAAUCACAUGAGUGGCAACAAGGAGUUAUUCUCAACAAUAAAUAAGUCGGUAAAAGGCAACAUUAUUUUUGGAGAUGAAACUAAAGUUCCAAUAAAAGGCAAAGGUAAUGUUCUUGUUCGUGCUAAAAAUGGAAGUCAUCUUUUGAUUUCUCAAGUUUAUUAUGUACCUACUUUGAAGUCUAAUAUUUUGAGUUUGGGACAAUUGCUUGAGAAUGGCUAUGACAUUCACUUGAAGAAUCGUUGCCUUACUUUGAGAGAUGUUUCUCAUAAACUGAUUGCAAAGGUGCCAAUGGAGAAAAAUAGAAUGUUUCUACUCAAUGUCUUCUACUCAAUGUUAAUGUUGACCAUCUAA